UGAUGGGAUUGUUUCAUGGGGUUCUAUCAUUUCAUGGGAUUUUAAUUUUAAGAUGUAAGCCGUAGUGGUGCCAGUAUGGAUGGACUAGAUUGAUACAUCAACCUGACACAUCCUAUGGAGAGAUGCUCUAUCAUAUUCUAGUCCUUGGGCUCUACCUUAUAUCAUAUCCCAGGCAAGGAGCUGUUCAGUUCUCAUGCAUAGAACUUUGGGAUGUUGAGAGGAGUGUUCCUUUAAAGGUACAACCUGUAAAAACUCAAGGGUACUUGUGUAAUUUUCAAUUUUCAAAAGUACAAGAGUUCAUAUAUCAUCAUGACCAUGAUUCAAUAUGCUCAUCCAUAUCCACCUAUAUAUACCCACAAGCUUGAGGUUCCCCCAUUAUGUCAUAGGUCACCUUUUGUUUUCUUCUUUUAUUUUUCUUCUCUUAAUAUUCCUUCUUCACAUGUUAGUUAAUGAGCUCAUGAGCAUAUCCAGCACUCCAAAUGGAAAGUGGUUGGUUUUGAUAUUUUGUUAAGGUUUACUAAUAUAAGUUGGUCACAUGGGUGAGAUUCCCAUUUGUGUUACACAUGAAGUUUCCUAGUAAUCUAGUUGGACUCUUUGGUGUAUGUCAAUGUUUCUCACUUUGAGAGAUGGUCACAUGGGAAAAUGAGUCUUGAUGCUUUCUUGUAGUGUAUAUGAACGCCAAUCCAAAUGGGUCUUUCCCCAUUGAUAUCUUCUUUCUUUCAACUGUAACUUCCUCCUUUUUUCUCUCUUUUGGGCAGUUGGCUGUAUGGGGAGGUGUUAAUUGUGGGUUUGGGGUUUGUUGAUUUUUUUUUCUAUGACCUUAUAUCUUGUGUGAGGAUUUAAUACUGUUUUUAGUUUGUUUUGUUAUUUAUAGAAAGUGGGUCACAUGGGGAAGUUGGGUUUUGGGAGGGUGUUGGAUUGCUUAUGCCUCCCUACUUGUUCAAACUCUUGUUUUUGCAUGAAUUCACUGGACAACCAAGAUGAUAUGGAGAGGAGGGCACUCAUUGGAAGUGACAGAGGUCAGAUGAUGAGAACUAGAGAUGUUGCUGAUGGGAACCAGACAUUGGCUUUUCAUUUAAAAUCCAAGAUGGUGAUCUUAAGGGUAUCUAUGCAUUGUAAUGGCUGUGCAAGAAAAGUUGGGAAGCAUAUCUCAAAGAUGGAAGGAGUGACCGCUUUUCAAGUAGAUUUGGAAACCAAGAAGGUGAUUGUGAUAGGCGAUAUUGCUCCAUUUGAAGUGUUGGAGAGUGUUUCUAAGGUCAAAACUGCACAGCUUUGGACUUCUCCUUAUUAAAUAAUCAAAUGGUGGGAAGGACUUUAGAUUGAUCGUGUACUCAAAAUCA